GGUCACAGAAUUCGGUGUAACACCACCCAACGUGGCAACUCUCCGAACUUCCCUCAUCCAAUCAGAACUGGGCCUGAAUCAACGUCCGCCUGCAGCUCAGCGCCAGCAGGACCCGGGAUCGCGCCGAUUGUGUCCGUGAAGUGAAUUUAUCCACCUACAGACCCCAGUUUGUGGGUUUUUUCACGGUCCGGGAUUAAUCGACAUUGCAAGUGAGUCUACGGACGUUUGCAAAAACUAACUUAGCCUACAUGUGAGAGAUGGGAAGAGAGAAGGACGCUAAAGGAGAAGGGAAGACAAAGCAUAAAGCAACGAAGCUGAAAAGGCUGAGUGAUAAUGAAAGCGCUGGUGCUGGGGGAGAUACGAUCAAGAACAGCGGUGCCAAAUCUGCCAAAUCCACAGAGAGAACGCAUAAUGGAAAGUCUCACAAGAAGGUUAAGACGCCUAAGACGGAGACCCCGGAGUCAGCCAGCAGUCCGAGCAAGUCAGUGAAACAAGAGCCAAUGGACGAUGACUUUACCGCAAAGAAAGGGUUGAAAAGGAAAAGAAUUAAGGAUGAGCCCAUGGAAGGUCCUUCACAUUCCUCGUCUACACCUACCUCAAAGAAAAAAAAUAAGCAACAUGGACAGGAAGACGAAAGUGACGGGGAAGCUCAGAAAAAGAAAUCAAAGAAGAGAACAGACAAGACGGUAAAGAAAGAGGAAGGAGAGCAUCCAGUCUCCAAAAAGCCUAAGAGGACAAAGGGGGAGAUUGAGGAGGCAAAACAGUUGAAGAUAAAAAAGAAGGAGGAGGAGGAGCAGAGUCGCUGGAGAUGGUGGGAGGAAGAGAAGUAUGAAGAUGGGGUGAAAUGGAGGUUCCUCGAACACAAUGGACCCUACUUCCCGCCUGACUACCAGCCUUUGCCAGACAACGUUCACUUCUACUACGACGGUAAGAAGGUGAAGUUGAGCCUUGCCGCUGAGGAGGUGGGGUUGUUCUUUGCCCAGAUGUUGGACCAUGAAUACACCACCAAGAAAGUGUUCCGGGAGAACUACUUUAAAGAUUGGAGGAAGGAAAUGACCCAUGAAGAAAGGUCACUGAUUACAAAUCUUGACAAGUGUGACUUUGGAGAGAUCCAUGCUAUGCAUAAAGCCAAGGUGGAGGCCAGGAAAAACAUGACCAAGGAGGAGAAACUGGCUGUGAAAGAAGCCAACCAGAAGAUAGUGGAUGAGUAUGGCUUCUGUCUGCUGGACCACCACAAAGAGCGUAUUGGCAACUUCAAGAUUGAGCCUCCAGGACUGUUCCGUGGUAGAGGCGAGCAUCCCAAACAGGGCAUGCUGAAGAAAAGGAUCCAACCAGAGGACGUCAUCAUCAACUGCAGCAAAGAAGCCUGUAUCCCUGUGCCACCUGCUGGUCACCACUGGAAGGAGGUCCGACAUGACAACACUGUGACAUGGCUGGCCAGCUGGACUGAGAACAUCCAAGGCUCCAUUAAAUACAUCAUGCUCAAUGCCAACUCAAAACUCAAGGGAGAGAAGGACUGGGAGAAAUACGAGGUUGCUCGGAAACUGAAGUCGUGCGUGGACGAUAUCCGUAACCAGUACCACCAGGAUCUCAAAUCGAAACAGAUGGGCACGCGGCAAAGAGCUGUGGCUCUCUACUUCAUAGACAAGCUGGCACUGAGAGCUGGUAAUGAGAAGGAGGAGGGAGAGACGGCAGACACAGUGGGCUGCUGCUCGCUACGCGUCGAGCACAUCACCCUCCACGAGCAACUGGACGGCAGCGAGUGUGUGGUGGAGUUCGACUUCCUGGGUAAAGACUCCAUCCGCUACUACAACAAACUGCCCUAUCUAGGGCCAGUUUUUAAGAAUCUUAAACUGUUCAUGGAGAACAAGCAACCUGGAGAUGACCUCUUUGAUCGCCUUAAUACAAACAUGCUGAACAAGCACCUGAGUUCUCUCAUGCCAGGUCUGACUGCGAAGGUCUUCAGGACAUACAACGCCUCCAUCACUUUACAGCAGCAGCUCAAAGAGCUCACAAACAAGUCGGACAAUGUGGCAGAGAAACUGCUGUCCUACAACAGGGCUAACAGAGCAGUUGCUAUUCUGUGUAACCACCAGCGGGCGCCGCCAAAGACUUUUGAUCAGUCAAUGGCUAACCUUCAGGCCAAGAUUGAUGCUCGAAAGGAACAGCUGGCGCUAGCAAAGACAGAGCUGAAACAGGCCAAGAAGGAGGCCAAGACCAAAGGCAGCUCAGACCCCAAGCUGCAGACGCUGGUGGAGAGGAAGAAGGUAGCAGUGAAGCGCUGUGAGGAGCAGCUGCUGAAGAUGGAGGUCCAGGCAACUGACCGAGAGGAAAACAAACAGAUUGCACUGGGUACCUCCAAGCUCAACUACCUGGACCCACGCAUUAGCGUCGCGUGGAGUAAGAACAUGGAGGUACCUGUAGAAAAAAUCUACAAUAAGAGCCAAAGAGACAAGUUCGCCUGGGCCAUCGACAUGACGGAAGCAGACUUUGAGUUCUAACUUUAACCUUGUAUAACUUCAGUCCCAUUACCUGAUACUAAGCACAAUUC